CCAAUAAAAAUUAAGUCUUUUAACAAUCUUUUAUUUUCCUUUUAUUAAAAACUAAAUUUUUAACUUCAUUUUACAUUUGUAAUUCAAUUAUAUCUCAUAUUUUCUCUGUUUGUUGCACUUUGGAUUUGUUCGUUUGAUGAUAAAAGGUAUCAACAACUGAAUUAUUACUUUUGGUAUAGUUUUAUAGAAUAAUGUGAUAUUUUGCUUGCAAUCUAAUAUUUAAUUAUGUAUUUCUACGUAAAAAUUUGUAUUUUAACGUAGCAUCUUAUCAAUAUUGUUCUCAUAUUUUUAUUUAUCUGAUAGUUAUUUAUUAAAGUUUAAUAGAUUUAACUAAGUAAUCACAAACAUAAGAAUUAUAAUAUAAAAUAUGUAUACUUUUGAAUUUAAGUUUGAGGUUUUGUUUUUGGCGAAGAACAUUUUAAAUUUCAAAUAUGGAAUUUUGUAGACUUAAAAAUAAAAUGUUUUUUUUGGAGAUAUCCUAAGUUCAUUCUAUAGGAUUUCCCAACAACAUGUACAGUUGGCAUACUAUCUAUUUAUGUUAUUCAACUGGAAAUGUAUCGAAGUUAUUAUUGUCCAGAAAAUUAUGGUUUAACAACAAAACAAAAUGAAACUAAGGAAAAACAAACAACAAAGGUUAUCUUUAAUUUGCAUAUUUGAAUAUAUGUUACUCGACUUGAAAGUCAAGGAAAUCAUCACUGCAACUGGCCUAACUUUCGCACUACGUAAUUUCGAAAAAGCAAUGCGGAUUUGACGCGCUGAUUUUGCUUUAAACAGGCACGAAGAUAAUAGCGUCGUGUCAUAAUUAGGAAUUCAUUCUGAUAUUAUAUGAAUUCUUCAGAACCAAAGAAGAAUAUAGGCAGCUAUAUAAUUAUCUGAAAACUAAAAUAUUAAACAUUAACACGGGCUCUAGAUACAAACGAAUCAAAUGCCCUUAUGCUAUUGACUAGAAAAAGAAAAAAAAUCUCAGAUACUUUCAGAUACUCUUCCUCUGAAUUCUAUUUUAUUUUGAUUAAUUUUUAAUUCAAAAUCUGAUUAAAAUUUUAAUAUACCUCUAAUAAAUGCAUGGUCUUGAUCAUGAAGAAGAUAUUCGCUUGUGGAAGGGAAAGGUCGAGGUUUAUCAACCGGUUUUCAGUACUAAGCACACUUGGCACCUAGUUCGAACGGUAGCAAUUAAGAAACAAUGGUAUGGAGUAGUCUCGUUCCCCCUGGCGACACCAAAAUACUCCAUACACACCUGGCUCGCUGUGCAAGAUCGUCUUGCUACUUGCGAUAGAUUGGUUAAGUGGUACGCUCAGGUUGAAACAGCUUGCUUGCUAUGUAAUCACACUAUGGAGACUCGGAAUCACUUAUUUUCGAGUGUUCUUAUUAUGAGGAGAUUUGGAGAGGUUUAGCAGGAAGGAUUAUGGGAGCCAGAUACACCAAUAAUUGGGACAGUCUGGUUCUCCUUUUAGCUGCUGGAGAUUGGGAUUGGGAUAAGAUUACUUGCUUCAUACUUCGGUAUCUGUUGUAGGCAGUGGUUUACUUGGUUUGGAGGGAGAGAAACCGUAGGAAGCAUGGGGAGCAUCACCAACCUGCCAGUAGAUUGCAGCAUAUGAAUGAUAAAAUCAUUCGUAAUAGGAUCUCCACAAUUCAACAUACCGGAAGAAAAAGAUAUGAAGGAGCAAUGUCAGUCUAGUUUGCUUACCACACAAGUUAAUCAGAUUACUCAAGUGUAAAUUCAGAUUUUUUAGCCAUUUUUGGUAGAAGUCAAGCUGCAUUCCUUGUAACAACGUUUUUGGAUUGAAUAAAUUUGACAUUCAUUCGAAAAAAUGCACUUAUUUACAUGCUAUGCCAUUUAACUUAAUUUUCCUUACUAUCUCUACAGAGUGUGAUUGGUAGUGGCUCUAGGUACUAGUCAUAGCCCUAUUUAUUUAUACAACACUAAAUCACUAAAUCACAGCAAUCAUGCUUUAAUAAAAAAAUCAAAAUAACAUCUCUUGAAAUAACGUACAGCUGUACAAGUGCUCUGUAGAGCCAAAAAUCCAGAGCAUUUUUUGGAGCUUUCUAUAAAAUUCUAAAGCAAUAAAAUCUAUAGCCACAACAAAAAGUUUACAAAUUUUUUCUUCAGCAAAAUUUUUAAAGUCACAGUCAUUACCAAUCGGACACAUAGAUCUUUCUUUCAUUUUUCAUUUUCAUUUUUUUCCUCUUUUCUUUUUUCUCUCUUUUCUUUCAUUCUUCGAUCCAAAUCUCUUGUUCUUCGAUUUUUUUUAUUAUGAAUUCUAUGUUUUUCCUUAUGUUUUUCUCUUGUUCUUCAACAUAUAUAUUCUUCUUUGAAUCUCUUUUAUUCUUUUAUGAAUUCGAUCUGUUUUCUUCUUUUUUUUCUGUUUUAGUGGUCUUUCUUCGCGAUUUAAGAUUUUUCUACGAUUUCCUCAUUUUUUAAUUUGAUUUUCUCUUUUAGAUCUGGCAUGUUACAGUAUAUAUAAAAACUAUAAAAGAAUUUUUUUAACCUAAAAACAAAGUUUUACAAAGUUAUACAGUCAUUCAAGUAUAACUUUGUAUAACUGUAGAACUUGAUUAAACUAGGUACAAAGUUUUACAAAGUUGUACCUCGACAAUGGUACAACUUAGUAAAACUGUGUGCCUAGUUAUACUAAGAUGUACAAUCGUUUAAGUACAACUUGAUAAAAUUGUAAAACUUGUAAAUUGUAAAAUUGUAAAACUUGGUAAAAUUUAGAGUUUGGUAAAAUGGUAAAACUAGGUGAAAUUUGACCUCGAUUACUGAGAUAUAAAAAUUUGAAAUUGUAAAUUACUAAAUUUGAUUCAGAGGAAAAAAUAAGAGCAAAAUCAAAUUUGUCUUAUUUCAUUAAAUAUAAGAGUAUGAAAAAAAAACUUUUUUGGUUCUUUGAGAUUAUUUCUCCAGACGAGACUGAUGAAUGUAUAAUUUUUUUUUAAAAUCUUUGCAAUAAACAAAUUUAUGUUAUUGACACUAGUACUCAACUUGUUGAUAUGUUUAAUCCACUUGUUCGUUAUUGAAUACUAUAAGAUUAAGAUUGUAAAAGUAAAAAAAUUAAAAGAAAUAUAUGAAGGGAUGAGAGCAAGAAAGUCAAGAAAGCCAUACUUUCCUUUGUUUUUAUCUUUAAAGCCUCUUUGGUUUGUUCUUCUUUCUUUUGCAAAUCUUCAUUUCUCCGGUCAAUUCUGAAAACGCGUAAGCUCUCUUUCUCGUUAAAAGUUUGUUUCAGGUUUAAUAAUGGAUGAUCACAAUAAUGAUAAUCAUCAUCAUCAUCAUCUAGGUGUGAAUAAGAUGGGAAAAAACAUCCGUAAAGAGCCAUCAAACCAGCAAAAUCAACAACAAAAUCCUCAAGCUUUGGUUUAUAACAUUAACAAGACCGAUUUCAGAUCCAUUGUUCAACAGUUAACCGGACUCGGCUCAGCUUCUUCUGUCAAUCCUCCACAGUCAACAAACUCAAACCCACCAAAACCUCCAAAUUCACGGUUGGUCAAAGUUAGACCAGCUCCUUUGACUCAAGUAAACCGCCCUCCACCUCCACAUCCAGUUCAAUCGAAUCCAAUGGCCUCUGAACCGGUUCAACCUAUUAACCAAUUAUCAAUCAACCCGGCCGAAUCUCCAAUCUCGGCUUAUAUGCGUUACCUGAUCGAAUCAAGCCCGGUUGGAAAUCAACCUCAACCACACAACCAAAACCCGGUUCAGCCAUCAACUGGUUUGUUUCCUUCACAACAAACCGGUCCUAAUCCAAUGUUAUUCCAGUCUCCAGUUUCGCAGUUUGUUUUGUCUCCGACGCCAAGAUCGCCGUUUCCAUUAUUAUCACCCAAUUUCGCGUUUUCACCGCGGUUUUUAGGCGGUAACGAGUCUCUACCUCCGCCAUCACCAGGCUUUUUCUUCCCUUUGCUCAGUCCAUUAUGGAAAAAUCAAUAGCUUAAUAGUAGUGUGUAUAAAUAUAGUCUUGUAAACACAAUGUAACAUGUAUUAGGAAGACAAUUGCUCAUUUCGAUUUAUGUAUUGGAUAAUUGGAGUGUUGAGUUUGGAUUUAAUGCUUGAAAAUCAACAUUUAUAUGUUGUUUAUCUUAUAAUAUAUAUAGGGGAUACCUUACUAAUAUAUUCUUGACCAUUGUC